AUGACUGCUAAAUGGUUUAAAAUCACAGUAAUAACAUUGCAUCCCCCUACAGAGGACAGUGAAGCAGAUACCAAAGAUCGAUGGUAUGGUGAGGUUCAGGAGGUUCUAAACAAAGUACCAGGGCACAAUAUGCUGAUAAUAUUGGGAGAUAUGAAUGCUAAAAUAGGUAAAGAAAUAGCAGCUUUUACGGGAACUAUAGGCACACAUAGCUUACAUGAAAAUAGUAAUGACAAUGGGAUUAGACUGGCAACACUAGCCACAGAAUACAAUUUAGUAGUAAAAUGCACUCUGUUCCCACAUAAAGAAAAACAUAAAGGCACUUGGCUUUCACCUAAUGGAAAUACAACUAAUCAAAUUGAUCACAUUUUAGUCAAAAGGAAAUUUAGAUCAGUGCUGAUGGAUGUGAGAGCAUACCGGGGAGCGGAUUGUGAUUCAGAUCAUUACAUGGUGGCAGCAAAAAUGCGUAUAAAAUUAAUAACAAAGAGAAAGAAUGGAGGGCAAACAGCUAAGAUAGAUACUGAGAAACCGAAGGAAGAGGAAACAAGAUUGCAAUAUCAGGUUGAAGUAGAGAACAUAUAUGCAGCAUUAGAGGUGGAUGAUGAUGUAAGUUAG